CUCUCCAGUUUCCUAACCACCACUUUCUGCUUUUCUUCUGCUGUUCCUCUGCUGCAUUUUCUCAGAAAACUGCGGAAAAAUUCUGAUUUUCUUGGGAAAACCAGAAGAGUACGGUUCGAAGGUAAUGGAGAAUCCGUCCGAGUCGAUUCGGUAGUCUAGGUGUCACAAAAGGAAAAAUCUUUUUUCUUUUCCUAGAUUUGAUUUCCUCAAAUUUCGGUGCGGACUAGCCCUGUAUUUUGGUGUCCUAGGGUUCGGAUUCGCCGGUUUUUGUGUUCAGAUUCUCUGUGCCUCCUUGUGAGCUGGAGUUAAGUGACAUUGUUGUUUUUCAUGUCCGUAAGAUCAGCUCGCUCUAGAGAAAUUGAAACCAUUGUGUGUUUGUUUCUGAUUCUGAAUCCGGAGUAGUGGAAAUUGUCGCUGCUCUCGUCUGAAAUUGAUUCUCGUUUCGUAUUUGGUGCACGGUAGGUUGUUGUUCAGGCGGAGAAUUUGAUUCUAGACCGGGAUUUGGUACGUGGAGAAUUUCGGGUUUUGGUGCAAAGGAUUGGGUACAGGGGAAGUUGAGCUGAUAUUUUUUAGUAGGAAUUUUUGUUAAUUUCUUGGGGUUUUAGGGUUUUGUGCAACAAUGACGAUCGAUUCCUUGCCGGGAAGUUCUGGUUAUUUAGAUUCAUAUCCCGGAAGAAGAAUUACAUAUUUUAGUAAUGGAUAUAUAUUGGGCUUGACAGCGGUUGCUGGUAUAGGGGGACUACUGUUCGGCUAUGACACAGGUGUGAUAUCAGGGGCCCUUCUGUAUAUUAAAGAUGACUUUGAGGUAGUCGGUCAAAGUAGUUUCUUACAGGAAACAAUUGUCAGCAUGGCUUUGGUAGGGGCAAUGAUUGGAGCUGCAGCAGGAGGAUGGAUUAAUGAUGCAUAUGGGCGUAAGAAAGCUACCCUUCUUGCUGAUAUUGUCUUCACAAUUGGAGCAAUUGUCAUGGCUGCUGCACCUAAUCCAUAUGUCCUUAUAGCUGGACGGCUUUUGGUUGGUUUGGGCGUGGGUGUAGCAUCUGUUACUGCUCCUGUAUAUAUUGCAGAAGCAUCCCCUUCAGAAAUAAGGGGAGGGCUAGUGAGCACAAAUGUGCUUAUGAUUACUGGUGGACAGUUUCUUUCCUACCUCGUUAAUCUUGCUUUUACAGAGGUUCCAGGGACAUGGCGAUGGAUGCUAGGAGUUUCAGGUGUGCCAUCUGUUAUUCAGUUCUCACUUAUGCUAUUUUUGCCAGAGUCCCCUCGCUGGCUUUACCUGAAGGGCAAUAAAUCUCAAGCUAUUUCUGUGCUUUCAAAAAUUUAUGACCCUGAAAGGUUAGAGGAUGAGAUUGAUCAGCUUGCUGCGGCAGCAGAGGAAGAACGUCAGAGAAAGAAUGCCGUCAGAUACCGGGAUGUUUUCAAAUCAAAAGAAAUGAGGCUUGCAUUUUUGGCUGGGGCUGGACUUCAGGCAUUCCAGCAGUUCACUGGCAUCAACACAGUCAUGUACUACAGCCCAACAAUUGUCCAAAUGGCGGGAUUUCACUCAAACCAGUUAGCACUUCUCCUAUCCCUCAUUGUGGCUGCCAUGAACGCCGCUGGAACAAUAGUUGGCAUUUACCUCAUUGACCAUGUGGGGCGACGGAAGUUGGCGCUAUCAAGCUUAUCGGGUGUAUUCGUGUCCCUUGUCAUUCUCUCAGGAUCAUUCUACAUGCAUUCAUCUGGUUCUGGGAGUGGACUCUACGGGUGGCUUGCAGUUUUGGGUUUAGCUUUGUACAUUGCUUGCUUCUCCCCUGGAAUGGGCCCUGUGCCAUGGGCUGUGAACUCAGAGAUAUACCCUGAGGCAUACCGGGGAAUUUGUGGGGGCAUGUCAGCUACCAUUAACUGGAUCUCAAAUCUGAUUGUUGCCCAGUCUUUUCUCUCAGUCGCUACUGCCGUGGGCACUGGUGCAACUUUCUUGAUUCUUGCAGGUGUGGCUGUUGUAGCAUUUGUGUUUGUGAUUGUGUUUUUGCCUGAAACCAAGGGGUUGACAUUUGAAGAAGUGGACCAGCUCUGGAAGGAGAGGGCUAGAGGCCAUUCCCGUGGAGAAGGCCUUCUUGAGGACCAAGACGAUAAUGAGGCCCAGUAGAGCUGAUAUAUAUAUACACGUAUAUCAUAUAUGGAGAGAGGGAGAGAGUUUUCCCUUUCUGUGAAUAUUGUGUUUCUUUUCAAUUGUGAAUGCUGGAGAAGACAAUUUGCAUGAAAUCUAUAAAUCUAAUACAUUCCUGAAGA